AGCACCGACCGGAGCGAGCAGGCGGAGACGGAAGACCUUAGGGGCAAUGCGCCACGGGGGCGAGCGCGCAGGCGCUCUCUAGGAUCCCGCUGCAGGCGCGAGUCUCAACUUGCAGCAGGCGGCGGGGCUACUUCUUCAUAGACAUUUAAAAAAAAUCACUAUUUAACUCUUUGGAAGCAAAGCAUCACUUAAAAUCCUAAUUCCAAAGAACUGGCAACAUUCUGUGACCAAGAGAAGAAGUGACUGACUGCAUGUUGAAAGUAUCCUGGCUCUGGCCCUGUUUUUUCCUCCCUGUGUUUGAAGAAACAUGGAGAAAUGGUACUUGAUGACAACUGUGGUCUUGAUAGGACUGACAGUACGGUGGACAGUUUCUCUUAAUUCUUAUUCAGGUGCUGGAAAACCCCCUAUGUUUGGUGAUUAUGAAGCUCAGAGACACUGGCAAGAAAUUACUUUUAAUUUACCAGUCAAACAGUGGUACUUUAACAGCAGUGAUAACAAUUUACUGUAUUGGGGAUUGGAUUAUCCACCUCUUACAGCUUAUCACAGUCUUUUGUGUGCAUAUGUGGCAAAGAUUAUAAAUCCAGACUGGAUUGCUCUCCACACCUCACGUGGAUAUGAGAGUGAGGCACACAAGCUCUUCAUGCGUGCAACAGUGUUAAUUGCUGACUUGCUGAUUUAUAUACCUGCAGUGGUUCUGUACUGUUGUUGUUUAAAAGAAAUGUCAAGUAAGAAAAAGGUUGCUAAUGCAUUAUGCAUAUUGCUGUAUCCAGGCCUUAUUCUUAUUGACUACGGACAUUUUCAGUACAAUUCUGUGAGUCUAGGCUUUGCCUUGUGGGGCGUUCUUGGAGUCUCGUGUCACUGGGACGUGCUAGGAUCACUGGCAUUUUGCUUAGCUCUAAACUAUAAACAGAUGGAACUGUAUCACUCCUUGCCAUUUUUUUGCUUUUUACUUGGCAAGUGUUUUAAAAAAGGUCUGAAAGGAAAAGGGUUUGUGUUGUUAAUUAAGCUGGCUUGUACGGUUGUGGCUUCCUUCAUUGUCUGCUGGCUGCCAUUCUUUUCGGAAAAGGAACAAACCCUGCAGGUUCUAAGAAGGCUUUUCCCAGUCGAUCGUGGAUUAUUUGAGGAUAAAGUAGCCAAUCUCUGGUGCAGCUUAAGUGUCUUUCUGAAGAUCAAGGAUAUUUUGCCACGUCACACUCAGUUAAUAAUCAGCUUUUGUUUUACAUUUUUGAGCCUGCUUCCUGCAUGUAUAAAAUUAACACUCCAGCCCUGUCCCAAAGCAUUCAGAUUUUCUCUGGUUACCUGUGCACUAUCAUUCUUUUUAUUUUCUUUCCACGUACAUGAAAAGUCCAUUCUCUUGGUAUCAUUACCUGUCUGCUUAGUUCUAAGUGAAAUUCCUUUUAUGUCUACUUGGUUUUUACUUGUGUCAACAUUUAGUAUGCUCCCUCUUCUGUUGAAGGAUGACCUCCUAAUGCCCACAGUUGUAACAGUGAUGGCAUUUUUUAUAGCAUGUGCAACUUCCUUUUCCAUUUUUGAAAAGACUUCAGAAGAAGAACUACAGCUGAAAUCCUUUUCCAUUUCUGUGAGGAAAUAUCUUCCGUGUUUUACAUUUCUUCCCAGAAUUAUACAACAUUUGUUUCUUAUGUCAGUAAUCACAAUGGUCCUUCUGACACUGAUGACUGUAACGCUGGAUCCUCCUCAGAAAUACCCAGACUUAUUUUCUGUAUUGGUGUGUUUUGUGUCCUUCCUGAAACUCCUGUUCUUCCUGGUGUACUUUAACAUUGUAAUCAUGUGGGAUUUCAAAAAUGGAAGAAAUCAGAAGAAAGUCAACUAGCUAUAUCCCCAAAUGUGAAAAUGUUAACAGUGCUAAAAAGUUUUGUGAACUUUUUGCUAUGUACAAAUAAAAUGAUCAUUUUGAGAAUUA